AUGACAACCAUAUCAGAGAAAGGGUCGCUCGCGCGCUCUGUUGUCGACGAGCACAAGGAGGCGACUUUCGCGGACAGGACCAUUGACGUUCCCGGCUACGAUGCCCAUCUCCAGUUCUCCGCCGACGAAGCCCGCAGCGCCCUGCGCAAAGUCGACUUCUUCAUCCUCCCUCCCAUCGUGCUCUGCUUCUGCUUCCUUCAGUUUGACCGCAGCAACAUUGGCAAUGCCCUCACGGACAGCCUCCGCGCCGACAUCCGCGUCGGCAACACCGAAGUCAACCUCGCACAGACGCUCUUCACCGUCGGCUUCGUCAUCACCGAGCUCCCGUUCAACAUGGUCAGCAAGGCCAUUGGCCCGGAGCGCUUCCUGCCCAUUACCAUGUUCCUCUGGGGCAGCGUCACGUGGGCGCAGGUGUUCAUGACGAACGCGGCUGGCCUGUACGCGUGCCGGUUCUUCAUCGGCGCGCUGGAAGGCGGCUAUAUCCCGGGCUUUGCGCUGUACAUUUCCAAAUUCUACACGAACCAGGAGCUGGCGCUUCGUUACGCGAUUUUCUGGGCGGCGAAUAGCUUUGCUGGCGCGUUGGGCGGGCCAUUGUCUAUAGGGCUUCUGUCACUCCGUGGACGAGGUGGCCUCGCAGGAUGGCAGUGGCUUUUUCUGAUUGGUAUGUCAAGCUCUGCAUCUGAUUCCAGUAUCGAGUCUAACGAGAACAUAGAGGGUGUUCUUACUUGCGUCUUGGGUAUCGCCGCGUACUUGUACUUUCCCCAUAACGCAGCACGCCCCAAGACCCUGUUUGGCAAAUCGUGGUCCGUCUUUACACCACGGCAGGCCUCCAUCCUCGUCACGCGCGUCAUACGCAACGACCCGACCAAAGCCAUGCGCUACGGAAAGCCCGUCCUGCCGUCGCACAUUCUCGACACGUUCUGCGACUGGCGGCUCUAUGGCCACCUCGUCGCCGCCCUGCUCUCCAUGAUCAUGAUCUCGCCUAUGAACACCUAUGCGCCCUCCAUCAUCAAAUCGCUCGGCUUCACAUCUCUCCAGGCCAACGGACUCAACUCUGUGGGCAGCAUCUGUGCCUUGGUGUGGUCCGUCACGCUCGCCUUGAGCAGCGACCGCUUUCAAGAGCGCGGGUUCCAUAUCGCGGCCGGGUACCUCUGGGGUGCCGUCGGUCUCUUGUGGCUCGCAUUAGCACCUGCCGACGUGGCAAAAUGGGUGUUGUACGGAGGUGUCGUUUGGACGCAAAUGGGGAUGGGCAGUGCCCAGGCCAUCAGCGCCGCCUGGCUAACUGCCAAGAUGGACGACUACAAGCGGCCAGUUGCCUUGGCCGCGUACGUCAUGUCCAUUCAGCUGGCGAAUUUUCCUGGAAAUCAAUUAUUUCGCGCAAAGGAUGCACCUCGUUAUAAACACGGCUUGCUUGUGGCGGCUUCUUGCGCAAUUGCCGCCACUGUCGUUAUUCUUGUCUGGAAGUUGCUGUAUCGACUGUUUGAUGGUGGAGAUUCCGGCGUCGAGGCAAAAGCAAAUUUACAGGAUCGAGACACAGAAGUAGGCGUGUAA